ACUGCCACCUGCGACGCUCACUCGCCCGCCCACCUCUCCCCAACACAAGAAAACAAAUUGAGAGAGGACGCGAGGAGCGCUCGUGCGCGGCGGCGUGAGCACACAUAACAUGGGUAACUGCCAGGCGGUGGACGCGGCGACGGUGGUGAUCCAGCACCAGGGCGGCGGCCGCACGGAGCUGCUCUACUGGGCGCUCCCGGCGGGGGAGGUCAUGGCGAACAACCCGGGCCACUACGUCGCCGCCGUGAUCACCGUGCCGCAGACCCCCGCCGCCGCCGGCGCCACCGCAACGAAGGGCGGGGCCACGGUGGCCGCGGCGGCUCCCGUGAAGCACCUCAAGCUGCUCCGGCCCGACGACACGCUCCAGCUCGGCCGCGUCUACCGCCUCGUCAGCUUCGAAGAGGUGCUGAAGGAGUUCGCGACGAAGCGGCAUGUCAAGCUCAGCCGCGUCAUGGUCAAGGCCAAGGACGAGCACGAGGAGGUGGCGCAGAAGCCGGCCAAGCCUCGCCGCCGGCGAGGCACCAGCGGCGGCGGCGCGCGCGAGGAGUCCGACCGAUCACUCGCGAAGGUCAUGCGCCAGUCGGAGCAGCAGGAGGAGGACGCCACAGCCACAGCUGCAGCUGCGCCGAAGACGGGAAGCGACGCGGCGUCGGAGCCUGCCGUCGACGAGGACGACUGCGACCUGGAGUCGCUGCUGCCGCACGGCUUGGCGCUCGGCCGGCGGAUGGGCCGGCAGUGGAAGCCCGCCCUCCAAAGCAUCGCCGAAGGGCGAGACUGACGGCCGGCGGCGAGGCUGAUCGGCGGAGUACACGGACACGGACAGUGGGUAGUGAACUAGUAACGCAGCUGGGUAAAUACUGGGGCGUGUAGCUACAGGGUGUGUAAAAUAAGCUUUAAACCUUGCGGUGAUCCUCCAGAUGUUCAGCAGUAGUAGCACCAUUCCGUUCAUGUAUGAAUCGAUGAUUGUAAAAGUGUGUACCUGAGAUAACUAGAUCUUUGGGUGAA